GUGGGGAGGGGCCUCGCCCUGCCUCCGCCCCCGGCCGGCGCGCCCCGAGGAGUGAAUGGGGGGAGGGCGCGGAGGAAACUUUCCUCCCAGACGCGCCUCUCGGCAGGGCGGGGGUCGCCCUACGGCCCUGCAGAUCUCGAGUGUCCCCCCACUGGGGCGGAAUCCUGUGGCGUCACAGCUGAGGGGAGGGCUGGUCUUCCGUGGCCCUCAAUGUCCCAGCAGCCCUCCGGGACUCUCUUGGGCAAAGGCCAGCCGCCCCCAGAGUCUAGCAGAUUUCCCGCGUCCCAGACAGGCGCUAUUAUUUGAAAAGGGAGAGGCCAGUCGAGGAGGUCAAGACCUCUCCCUGAGAAUGGCUUCAGCCCUGUGUGUCAUGCCCCUCCCCCACUUUUGGGGUGUUUCAGCUUCUUACCCGGCUUAGGCUGGAUCAGAGACGCCUACCAUUCCUCCUGCAAUCCUUAGGUGGUGUCUAUGCCCCACCCAAUCUGGUCCCCACCGAGGAAACGGACUACAGUUCCAGCAGCUAGAGUCUGAGGCCCAGAGGAUAGACUUGAUGGGUGCUGUGGCCAGGUGCCCCUUUCCUGUAGGCACCUGCUGAAAGGUGCUUAGAGAAACCCUAAUUGCUGCUGCAAGGCCCACAGUGAGGUUGAUCAAGGCAAUGGACAUUGAGAAGUGCUCGGGAUCCUUGUGAGGCCAGUGUCAAGUAGCUGCUGUCCACGGUAGAUGGUGUUGGGGAAGGAAGGCAGGGGCUGUCAGGCUCUGCAGGGUACAAGUGGGUGUCUCCAUCCCUUCCGGCCAGUUCCCAGGAGCUUGCAGCAGGCCCACAUCUUCAGCUCUUGCUUGCCUGCCGUUAGAAGCCUCCAGCAAGUCCUGUCGAUCCCAGGGCAGGGCUCUAUCUUCAUCUCUAAGACUCAAGGGCAGAAAGAGUAGGGAAGAUGUGGAAGUAGUUCUAGAGGGACUCUGCCUCACUGGACUCACCUUAGUAUCCGCAUCUGGGAGCCCCUGGGAGGUGUCGAAUUCUCCAAGUGAGGCUGCCUCUCUGGCCCUGUGUCUGCUGAGCUCCACUGCUGAGGCUGAUGACCAGGUACCAGUUCUCUCCCACUUGAUUGCACAGAUGCAAUCAGACAGAAGGAUCUGAAGCCCCACAUGAGGGGCCACUGCCCUCAUCCAGACACCAGGAGUGACUUGGACCUUCCCCUGCCCCUGAUAGGGGCUUUCUACUACCCUGCAAUGAGCAUCGCAGACCCAGCCUGCCUACAGUGUGGUGAGGGGCGGGGGGGGGCUAUCUCCACUUUCUGGAGGGGGAUAGUCCUGAGAGGAAUCGAGGUGCGAGAGAGAUAAGGGAGAUAAGGGACAGGCAUCAGCCAGGGGAACAGGCUAUGCAAAGGCCUUGCUGACAGACUCAUGCAGAUGGUUCAUAGCUGAGCCCUUAUCAUGAAGGACCAGCAGAGGAUCGGGGACUCUGUCUAUUUGUGAUUGUAGAUGAUGAUGAUGACUGCAUCCUCUCCAGUGAAGGGGUAGAUGGCUGAGAAGCCCGGUGCGGAGGUGGAGGAUCAGAACUCUAGGGAGUGGGUCUGAACAAGGGGAUGUUCUGUGGGCCCCUAGUCCCCUUCAGCUGGACAUUUCCUACAGUCUAGUUGCUCAUUUAAAAAUUAGCAUGCACCUAAUUUUUAAAUGAGCAACUAGACUGUCACCUCCCCUUGUAUUUUAAAUAAGCAGAGGUAUGGGGAUUCCAGGGGCUUAGAGUUGGCUCUAAAUUCUGUAGUGAACCUCCCUGCUCACGGGAUUCAAGGGUGAGGGGCCAGGGGCCGUGGGGUACCGCGGGAGCGGCAGUGGCUGCUUUCCUGGCGGAUUUUUCCAUGCCCAGGCCUCGCUGUGAGCGGGGUCUGGGUUAGGGGCGAGAGUCGCCGGACAAGAGAAGACCCAGGCCCCACAGGAGAACGCUGUUUGGUGGUGACCUGAAGACUCCUUCCUGGAGCAUGCAUGAGGGGUGUGGGUGAGAAUCAAGGUUCAGCCUACGACUCACGGCUGCGCCAGAAGGUGGCAGUGAAAAAGCUGUCGCGCCCCUUCCAGUCGCUGAUCCACGCGCGAAGGACCUACCGCGAGCUGCGGCUGCUCAAACACGUGAAGCACGAGAACGUCAUUGGGCUUCUGGACGUCUUCACACCAGCCACAUCCAUCGAGGACUUCAGCGAAGUGUACUUGGUGACCACCCUCAUGGGCGCCGACCUGAACAAUAUCGUUAAGUGCCAGGCGCUGAGCGAUGAGCAUGUCCAGUUCCUGGUUUACCAGCUGCUGCGUGGGCUGAAGUACAUACACUCGGCCGGGAUCAUCCACCGGGACCUGAAGCCCAGCAACGUGGCGGUGAACGAGGACUGCGAGCUCAGGAUCCUGGACUUUGGGCUGGCACGCCAGGCAGAUGAGGAGAUGACAGGAUACGUGGCCACACGCUGGUACCGGGCGCCCGAGAUCAUGCUCAAUUGGAUGCAUUACAAUCAGACAGUGGACAUCUGGUCUGUGGGUUGCAUCAUGGCCGAAUUGCUCCAGGGAAAAGCCCUCUUCCCAGGGAAUGACUACAUUGACCAGCUGAAGCGCAUCAUGGAAGUGGUGGGCACACCCAGCCCUGAGGUUCUGGCAAAGAUAUCCUCGGAGCAUGCCCGGACAUACAUCCAGUCCUUGCCCCCCAUGCCCCAGAAGGACCUCAGCAGCAUCUUUCAUGGAGCCAACCCCCUGGCUGUAGACCUUCUUGGAAGGAUGCUGGUGCUGGACAGUGACCAGAGGGUCAGUGCAGCUGAGGCACUGGCCCAUGCGUAUUUCAGCCAGUACCACGACCCAGAUGAUGAGCCAGAGGCUGAGCCCUAUGAUGAAAGCGUUGAGGCCACGGAGCGCACGGUGGAGGAGUGGAAGGAGCUCACUUACCAGGAAGUCCUCAGCUUCAAGCCCCCAGAGCCACCGCAGCCGAGUGGCAGCCUAGAGAUUGAGCAAUGAGGCGCUGCCCAGCAGCCACGCUCCAACACAUGGUCCUGAGCCUGGCCUUUUCCUCAGACCUGACCCUGCUCCUGGGACCCUUUGCCUUAAGGGGAAUCUAUACACACAUGAAUGCAGGAGUGUAGGCACAGGUGUCUGCCAUGUGUCGAGAGUCUGGGCAGAAGUGUCCCUGGGCCUACCUUAGUCCUCCCAUCCUCUCCAACCCAUCAGGCUCUCCCUCAGGAUCUCACUCUGUGGGAUCUGGGUGCCAUUGGGGAUGCCCCUGAGGAGUGUAACUCUCUCUCCAGAUCAGACUCAUAGGGUCUGCAAUGGGAUGAGGGUGAAUGGGCAGGGCCUCUGGAGACUCAGAGGGAGAGUUUCAGUAGUUAAGCUGCCCAACCUGUAAGUGGGGCACUGCCCUAGGAAUUGCUGAGCUGAGGCAGGGCCAGUGCCCCACCAGGAUGGGCAGGGUCUAGCUGAGGGGUGGCAGGGUGGAGACCACCACCAGAUGUCCAGUCCACAGCUGCUUGCAGCCCUGUGUUCGCCUGUGGCAUGUGUGCAGGAGUACGCACUCUUGUGUUCACAUGUCGGGACAUGUGCAAGUGUGUGCUUGUGUGUGAAUCUGUAGGUACCCGGGGCCUAGCAGCCGUGUCUGGCAAGAGGUGUGAGUUGGAGGAGUCACAGUGCUCACUGUCCUCCCCCAGUUCCAGAUUCCCAAGGGGUGUUGAGACCUUGGUAGGUACCAUGUUAGGGCUCUGGGGGCCCAGGGGCACCCCUGUGGGCAAAAGCUGGGGCUUUCUCCUUGGGCAGGGAGGCUUCAGCAAGUUCCGGAGGCCUGCAGGUACAGUGCCAGCUAGAAAGCUGAUGAGCAGGAGGUCUAGCCUUGAGCAGGCUAAAGCAGACAGUACACGGAUGCUGAUUUGGACACUCCUGUCCCUGGACCCUGGCCCAAAGCUGACAAGCCUUUGCCUGCUUCUACCUCUGCCCACUGUUGUGGCCCUACAGCAGGAGAUCAGGGUACUCAGGUCUGUGGGUCAGUCCUCAUCUUCCCUUCUCCCAGAAAGGAGCUGACCACGUAAACUCUGGGACAGGAUCCUGCUUGGAGAUCUGCUGGGGGUGUGGCUCCUCCCUGGAGAGGCAGUGACCUCUUGCCUCCAGGGACCCAGGAAGUUCUGGAUGUCAAGUGCCUGCACCCCCAGGGGUACACAAUAAAGGGGUUUCCUCUUGCUCA